GAGAUCAUUUAGCGCACGUUUUAAAAUGUGAAAAUCUCGAACGUGUUGAAUCAACGUUCUAUGAAUUUAGCUGCGAGAGCGUUUUUAUUCGUUAUAAUUUUGCUGUGAAUGUGAAAUAUUGGACCACACCACCACAAAGUUUCGAAUGAGUGAAAUUUUUUCAAUUAAUUUAUACGUAGAAGCGUCGAAAACAGUCGACAUCUCAGCCAAGAUGUCGUCCAUGGACAAUUCUAAAUUCCAUUCCUAAUGACAUUGUCAUGUCGACAAAUUCAGGAUUGGGUUAGGUCAGGUUAGGUUAAGAAAUCUGCACGUUCUCGGAACAGGUUUUCACUGGCUCGCGUCAGUAUCGAAGUUGAUUUUGGUUUCUGAUAGAUAAUUCUAAGCAAUGAACGAAGAGGAAUUAAUACGAGAAAUUGUCGCUCUUACAAAGACAUUACGCGAGAAGAAAGAUACGCUCAGACGCGUACAACGAGAUAAGCAUGUAGUUCAAGAAUGCGGCUUGACCAAUGAAGAAAUUGGCAGAUACAGCAGGCAGAUUUUAGUGCCUGAAAUUGGGGUGAAAGGUCAAUUAAAGUUGAAGAAGUCAUCGGUGCUGAUCGUUGGCGCUGGAGGCUUGGGAUGUCCUGCAGCAUUAUAUUUAGUUGGUGCUGGCAUUGGGCACAUUGGUAUCAUUGACUAUGAUGAAGUCGAAACAAACAAUCUUCACAGGCAGUUAUUACACUCCGAGGAGAGCAUUAGGGUCCCCAAAGUCGUGUCGGCUACAGCGGCGCUGACUCGGUUGAAUAGCAGCGUCAAUAUAACGCCUUACAAGAUGCAGUUGGACAGCAGCAAUGCUUUGGAAAUAGUAAAGCAGUAUGACGUUAUUUUGGAUGCUACCGAUAAUGUCGCUACCAGAUAUCUAUUGAACGACGCUUGCGUGUUGACUGGAAAACCGUUGGUUUCUGGCUCUGCCUUGAAAUUUGAGGGACAAUUAACUGUGUACAACUAUCGGGGUCCCUGUUACAGAUGCGUUUUUCCAACCCCACCACCUCCCGAAACUGUGACGAACUGUGGAGACGGAGGCGUGCUGGGCGCAGCUGUAGGAACAAUCGGCGUUCUCCAAGCCUUAGAGGCGAUGAAAAUUAUUUUGGAAAUGUCCGGCGUGCUGGCUGGCAGAUUGCUACUAUUUGACGGAACAGAGACAUUAUUUAGAAAUGUGAAAUUGAGACCAAAGAAUCAGAAUUGCUUAAUAUGUGGAGAUAAUUCGACAAUCGAUAAGCUGAUUGAUUACGAAGAGUUUUGCCGGGCCAAAGCGAAUGAUAAAAAUCCAGGUUUAAAAUUGCUCAAAGAAUCUGAGCGACUCUCUGUUAAAGAGUAUCAUAAGUUUGCUGACAGCAGUGCAACAUCUCAUGUACUAAUUGAUGUUCGGUCUCACGAAGAAUUUGAAAUAUGCAAAUUGCCCAAUUCUAUUAAUGUUCCAUUCACCCAAAUUUCUAAACCUGACAGCCAUGCACUUGUGGAACAAGUUAUCAGAAGUAUGAGAAAUGGGGAUACUCCUAUAGACGUAAUUGUGAUAUGCAGACGUGGUAAUGAUUCCCAAAAGGCGGUGAAAAUUCUCAAAGGAUUGAUCAAUGACGAGGCUGUAAACAUAAGAGACGUAAUCGGCGGUAUUCACGCAUGGGCAAAGAACGUCGACCCGACAUUCCCAAUCUAUUGAUGUACAAUAUCGUUGAUAAACCUCCUUUAAUUUCCUA